AUGACAGCGGAGGGCAUGCGUGCCAAACGACGAACCACUUACCAGAACAUGCACGAGAUUGUCAAGCUGGCGAAGAAGUACUCCCCGAAGCUCGUGAAAGGCUACAGUGCAGGCAACAUUUCCGUGGUCGAUAAGAAGAGUUGGUUGGAAGUCUGCGACCGUAAACAUCGGUAUGGCGCCAAUUUGCGAGCAUACUAUAAAGAGUGGAAGCGACAGCCCACGGAACCGACGAAGCCGAGUUUCUGGGAGUGGCUGGACGACGAAUCAAUUGAAGUUGCUGGCGUGCCCAGAACGAAACUGGAGCGCGAGACUGUUCUCUACUGUGACACAGCUGCUGAACGCCAAAAGUUUGCGCUGUCGGUGCAGAACGGCGUGAUUGUGCGUGAUUCUGGCCAAGAAAUCGUGGAAACGGGACCGGAUGGAUGGAUUUUCGUCCUGCGCGAUGGUGUUCUCUAUGGCUGCCAGAAAGAGACGAAAAAGAUUCCUCGAAUCCACCACACGAGCUUUGUUGGCGGAGAAUGUGUACAGACUGCCGGAAUGAUGGUGAUUACGGACGGGGUCAUUAAGACUAUUUUUCCGCAUAGUGGUCACUACCGGCCGUCGGAGUACGAGCUGCUUGUGCUGUUGCGCUUUCUAGUCAACAAUGGUGUCGAUCUGAGCGCUGUAAAUGUCGACGUACAGCGGAUCCAGAAGGUAUACCGCGAGUCGGUGAAUGGCAUUCUUGUGCGAAAGUUGGACAAUGCGCAUUUCUGGAAUGCGUACCGUGUAUGGUAUUUUUUGGAAGAGAAGCAUCUUGCGUGGAAAAUUGGUCUAUUCGACGAGCUCGUUGAGACGGUGGGGCAAAUGACGGACACGCACGUGUCACUCGAGCGAGCUGAGAUCCUGGAGGAAAGUAUGGUAAAGGAGAUGAACGACGAUGCGUCUGAGAAAUCGUUUCAUGACGGCAGAUCUCGUGCGUUUUCCCUUUUGCAUCCAGCCUACGACCAUGCGAGUUGUGAAGGUGCGAUAAAGUAG